AUGACUACAAUCACCUCAAACAACAAUAGCACCGCUCCAAGCACUGCCGGCAACGAUGACACGUCGUUUAUUGUACAACAACCUCCUUUAUAUAAACAUACAAAUAAUUCCUUGGUUGGAUCUACUGGAUCUUUCUAUAAUUCAAUGCCAGUAGAACUAACUACAAAGGCUGGAUACCUAGAUUUUAUUAAAAAACAAGAAAAACUAAAAGGCGAAGAAUUAAACACAAAAUUUGCUGACGAUGACGAGGGGAAAGCCUUGGUUACAACUAGUAAGGGUGAAAUUCUAGCUAGUGUUAGCGGGGAAGCUUUAACUUAUUUAAAGGGUCUAAUCUAG